AUGACGAGCAAAAGAGACAUCCUGGAGAGACUGAAUGCAGGGGAGCUGAUAGUUGGUGAUGGUGGGAUGGUGCUACAGCUGGAGAGACGGGGUUAUGUGAAGGCUGGACAAUGGACUCCAGAAGCAGCUGUGGAACAUCCAGAAGCAGUGCGGCAGCUGCACAGAGAGUUCCUCAGGGCUGGGGCUGAUGUGCUUCAAACAUUUACCUUUUACUGCAGCGAAGACAAACUGGAGCUGAGUGGAAAUGUCACCAAUGUCACUGGUGCUCAGAUAAAUGAGGCAGCCUGUGACUUGGCCAGAGCGGUGGCUGAUGAGGGCGAUGCUCUUGUGGCUGGCUGUGUGUCUCAAGCUCCCUGUUAUCUGGAGAAUCGCAACGAGGCUGUGGUCAAGUCUCUGUUUAAGAAACAGAUGCAAGAAUUUCUUAAAAAAGACAUUGAUUUCUUCAUAGCUGAGUUUUUCCAGUAUGCAGAGGAAGCUGCUUGGGCAGUAGAGGUCCUGAAGACCAGUGGUAAAACAGUGGGGGCCACAAUGUGCAUCUCUCCUCAUGGGGACAUGGACGGAUUACCUCCUGGAGACUGUGCCGUCCGCCUGGUCAAAGCAGGAGCUGAUAUUGUUGGAGUGAACUGUCACUUGGACCCGACGGCCUGUAUCCAAACAGUGAAGCUGAUGAGAGAGGGGCUGAACCAGGCAGGGCUCAAAGCCCACCUCAUGAUCCAGCCUCUGGGGUGUCACACUCCUGAAUGUAACAAGGGCGGAUAUAUGGGUCUGCCAGAGUUCCCCUUUGCGCUGGAGUGCAGGACGAUGACUCGCUGGGACGUGCACAAAUACGCCAGAGAGGCAUACGAGGCUGGGAUCCGAUAUCUCGGAGGCUGUUGA